AUGGCAGGUGUUGUGUACCCUAGACAGGCCCCUGUGGAUUUAGACAUGUACCAAAGCUCCUACAUGGUCAACUAUAAACCCUACGGGAAGCACAAAUACUCCAGGGUCACACCACAUGAGAAAGAGAAGCUGGACACCCAACUCCGGGAAAAAGAGUUUUAUAGGCCCAUCCGCGGCCCCAACCCCAAACUAGAGGAUGGAUACCCUGCCUUUAAAAGACCCUACAUGACCACCAAAGACCUGGGACACCCGGGCUUCUUCCCACCACCGGAGCGUGUGACCACAGGGGAGGAGGAAGGCAGGCUCACCAGCAUCUGCCCUUCCGUGUACCCAGUUUCUCAUGACCAGUACCUGCCCCAGGGCGAUCUGAACGGGGUCCACCAGAGUGCCGACUUUCCGUGCCUCUUGGAGCCGUUGCGCCAACCUGCUGCGGAGGCGGGCAAAGGCUACUUUCUACUGCCCGGCUGCGUCUGUCCGCAUCACCAUAUGGCCAAGGUCCCCGUCUUGAACCGAUGGGGGCCCCUGCUCCCAUUUUACCAGUAG